UUCACCUCUUACAUUAUCUGCCAUCCUUCCAGCCAAAGCUCGGUGAUCUAUACAGUAGGUGGGCCAGGUGAAACUGAAAGUAAUUACGUCUGCAAGUCGAUUGUCUCAGGUGGACACAGAAUGGCAGAAAGCGAAAACACUGCUAAAAAGAGCCCAAGUGAAUCAGUGACUAAGAAGAUCAGACGAACGUUCUCAAUGACAAAGAUAAGAAAUCAUGAAGUCCCAGCAGCAGAUGGCACUACCUCGAAUACCAGCCCUGUCUCCCCUGACACACAAAAGUCGCCUACAACAGAUGUCUUAAGCUGGAAAAAUUUGAGAAAAAGCUUCAGACGACAGUCUAAAGAACUUAAGGAAUUAUUUAAAUCCAAACCAGAACAGGGUGCCACAACCAGCACUGUAAUGGAGAAAGAGAAAACUAAGGACAUUUAUAAUAUUCCGCCAUCACCUUUGUCAGUUAUGGGAAUAAGUGGUCUCAUUGAAACAGCAGCCUUGAAAGAGGCCUAUCUGAAUAUACUCUCUCUGGAAAAGGAGAUUAAAUGUGAGCAGGAAGCCCUGGGGAAAGAAGCUUCUUCACCGAAACUGGGCCAUAAAGAGAAAGACCUGAAUCUGCUCUACAACAACCUGAAGGAUAAAGUUAUUAAUAUUGUCCGUCAAUCCUGUGUCCAGCCUUCUUGCAACAAAGAGCUACUGGAGCAGGUGGCUGGAAUCAUUCAAGAUAAGGAAAAGAGAGAAGGAGAUGUGGAGGGGGUGGGGGAAUGGAGGGGUGUCUGGAGGGCUGCAAUACAGCAAGGGGUAAAAGAGACACUCGGGAAGAUUCCCCUGUAUAGCUAUGAGCAAAAUGUUUCCUGUGUAGGAGAACGCUUGGAGCUUUUGGGUAAAAAGAUUGUGGAGCUGCUGGAGAUGGUAAAGGCAGAAAUUUUGAAUUUAUAUCCCCAGAGAUUCCAGGUGUUCGAAACAUAUGCUUCAUCUUGUCAUGAGUUUGUAGGUGAAAACCUAAAAGUGCUUCUGGGAAAGGUCACAGAACUGCAAGAUUAUAAUGACAUGCUGGAUUUUGUUAUCAAACGCUAUCAUAGUGAGAUGAUUCUUGGCAGUCCCUCUUUGCAGCCUGAGAUGAAAGAGCAGACCUCUCUCACACUAUCUGAUGAUUUACUUGGCCAGAUAAAAAAUUCAUAUUGUGACUGUCUACAAAAGACUCUACCUGACUCACUGGACAGUGUCCUUAAUGCUGAACAGGAGGAAGUAUGGAAGAAAAAAGCAACACCCAAGACUACAAAAGAAGGAACUUACAUCUCUGAAAUUGACACAAAUAUCUGUGAAAUGAUCAAGAAAUAUUCUGAUAAUUCCGCAAAGUUUGAUGAGAAUCUGGAAAAGAUGGCCAUAUGCAAAUGUAUGGAAAUUCUGAAACACUUUCCCAAAAGAUUUGAAGAGGCGUUUUCAAAGCAGAGCCGCUCCUUGUUGGGCUCAGACUUACUGGACUGCUGCCUAUGGGCUGGAUAUCACAUUUCCUAUAUAAAUAGUUUUAGUUCCCUCAAAGAGCACGUGGAGGGAUAUAAAAAGACGUGUCCAGGAAAAGUGGAAGAGUUUGUGAAAGAGCUGGAUGGACUCAUUGACCAUCUAAGACAAGCUCUGCUGGAACAAUUUAAAGUUGAAAUUGAGCCCUACCUGGGUGGUCUAAUGACCAAGAAUUGGCUUAACACAGACACUGAUUUCAAUGAACUAGUUAACAGAAUAGACACUUACUCUGGAUACAAGAAAUCCAUGAAACAUCCAUCUGCACAAGCAUUUGCUAAUGAUGUGCAUUACCAUGUAGCGAAAGGGUACAUAGCGGAAAUGCUGGGGAAUAAAUACUCCUGCAAAGGCAAGAAGAAUGAAGAGGCUGCUGAGAAAAUUAAUAUGCAGUGGACUGAGCUUAAUAAGCUGUUUAGGGAAAUGGGAUCAACCUUAGACUGGCUUUUCUCACUAGGAGGUCAUAUUAGUAAAAUCAUUGAACAGGAACAUGAGAAAGAUAUAAAGAAUGUCUUAACACCGUUGGUUGAAAAUUACCCAGACAUAAGUAAAAAGCAACUGUCAGCUAUUCUAUACUUCAGAGACAGUGGCUUGUUAAAGUUUGAGAGGUCACCGGCCAUUCAGAGCUUCAAUGAGCUUAAGCGUCGGAUAGAUAACGGGAAAACAGAAAAUACUGGAAAGCACACCUUCUUCAGUGACAUCAAGUGAAAAAGACAACAGCCUGGUACCCUUCUAGAAGUCCCUAAGCCUUGAUGACCUCUUUCAUUACAUCACUUGUGUCAUGAUGGUGGUUCGGGUUGGAUACAAGUGCAGGUUUUUUUCAACAAACAAACCAAUCCAAAAGAGCAUUCAAAAAACGUAGUCAAGCAACAGCCACUGGUCAGGUCAUCAGUAAACAACAUCUAAAAGGGGCAAAGUCAAGAAUUCAUGUAGCAAGUAUAUUACAGUUCAAACUCUGAGAGCAAAUAAAAAACAAACAAACAAGACUUUACAACAUCUCUAUUAAUAGCUAACAGGAUGACUUUAGAAAUGACUGAGAGUGUUGUUUCUUCUGUACAGUAUACAUAAUACAUAACACAUAGUAUACAUGCAAUUAUCUUAUCAACAAUUAAUGUGGCAUCAGCGCAACACAAAAAUAUUAUUCAGAUGCAGGCCAAGAGCUUUAGUUAAUCUGUGUGUGAGAUUGCAAACAUGUGGUGCUGUAAAAUUUUUCAGAUUGCAUGUUGUUAUGUAUUCAGAUAAAAAAAUCAUUACAUACCAAAAUAUAAAACUUUAUACAUAAAUAAAUACAUUAAUGCUAAUUCAGGGACCUCAGAGAGCUUCACUCACUCAUUACUGAAACCUUUGUUAAAAUGGCAGUUAACAUGUCAAUAUCACAAAUUUGCUUAUAUUUAAUAGAGAUCUAGAAAUAGUGCAGACAUUUAAAUAUUUAUUUUCUUUGUUUUAAACAUUUGAAAAAUCUAAAACCUUAUGUUUAUUUACUAUUUUCAGGGAUUAAUAAAGUCUCAGACUUUUAGAGCCAAAUGUAUAUAAUGUAUGUAAAAAAUAUAUACAAUUAUGGGAAAAAGAAUGAACACCCUCCUUUAGUUUUUAAGGCCUAAAUUACAAAUGUGUGGUCCUUAUGAAAUUCUAUAAAAACAAAUAAUCUCUGGUGACACAACAAAUUAAAAAAAUAUUUGUCCCCGAAAAGUAAACUCAGAAACCAGAUGGGAAAAAUAAGUACUCCCUAGAAUUCAGUAACUUGUAGACCCACCUUUUGGAAAAAUAACUUGAAGUCCAUAUUUUCUGUAGUAGUUCAUCAGGCUCUCGUAUAGUUUUGAAGACAUGGCCCUCUGUUCUUCACAAUAUUGUUUUAGUUUAUGGAUGAUCAAGAGUAUUGGUUCAUGCAUAGGAUCUCAGAGGGUUGACUUGGCACUUCCAGUACCUUAUUUUUUUGUCUUCUUUAGCCAUUCAGAUGUUGUUUUGCUAAUUAUGGCCUUCUUCACUUGUAUCAAUGUCUCUUUGGACCUCAUAUUGAGAGUUCUCAUUUGGAAUCAACUCCAGGCCAUGUAUCUUCAUAAUGUGUCAGCAAAUAAUGAGGAAGCAGGCCACACAUGGCCAUGAACUUGCUUAUCACCCAGUUGUCCAAUUACUUUUGAGCAUGUGAAAAUGGCAGGACUAUGUAAAAAUGUCUGUUACUCUUAACUGAUUAAAGCAGUAAUUUUUUAAAAAACCCUUGAAUUAAAGCAGAAAGUCAAAACAUUCAUCACAUUUUGAUUGAUUCAGAAAGAAACAAUAUUACAAAAAUAGUGUCCAAAUACUUAUGGAUCUGACUAUAGCACUUGGGGUUUUCAUUACAUCCAUGAGCAUUAAAAUUGUCUGACCUUUUACUGAUUUUUUUUCUGGGACCCCAGUCCUGGAAAGAUUGCAAGUUGUCUUUAGGGCUCCAUAUUUGUAAACAGUCCCUUUUACUGCAGAAAAGAGAAAUUAAAUUGUUUAGGAAAUGGCCUUAUAACACUUCCCAUGUUGAUGAGAAGCAAAAACUAAGAUCAAUUAGUCUUGUGCAUUUCACUAGUAACAACUAGAUGCCAAGUAUGCUAAUGAUUGUGGGAUUCGGAAGGGUGUACUUAUAUUUUUCCCCCUGUUGAUUUACUUUUUUGGAAAAAAUGACUACUAAGUCCCCUUUUUUAUUCUCUUUUAUUUUUGAUUCUUUUAAAAAUAUCUAUUUGGGCUAAAGGUGUGUCUGAAAUUUGACAUGUUUAAAAAGAUUACAUUUCUGUUUUUGUAUUUCUGUUGUUUAAAAACUUAAUCUGCUCUGCAGCUACUGUGGUUUUGUACUGUAUACAAUUCUGAAACUUGGAUUUCUAUUUGAUCCAGUUUUCUCUGUGCUUUACUGUUAGUUGCCACUAGAUGGAAAGCCACUGCAGGUUGCAUGUUACUGAAUAAUCCAGUAUGCGUUGCCAUCUCGUUUAUAGAAUAAGCUAUUCAAAUUCUGUGAAAAAAGAUCAUUAUAAAAAUGUGAAAUUUGUGGAACAUUCUACCUUACGGUUUCAGUGUAAUAUGGUGCUCUUUGGAUCUAUACAUUUAUGAUAACUGACCUUAUAUCAUUAUUCUGAAGCAGCUUUAAGAAACUUUGUACUGUGCAAAUGGGCUUAAUAAAGGUGUUUUUUUCAUUUUA